AUGGCCAAGAAUAAUCUCACUACAGUAAACGAGUUCAUUCUCAUGGGCUUUACUGACUACACCAAGUUGGAGAUUCCCCUGUUUCUGAUGUUUCUGAGUUUCUAUCUGGUCACGCUUCUGGGGAAUGUGGGGAUGAUCAUUCUGAUCCAAGUGGAUGUGCAACUCCAGACUCCAAUGUACUUCUUCCUGAGACACCUCUCCCUGCUGGAUGCCUGCUACACCUCCGUCAUCAUCCCUCAGAUCCUGGCCACAUUGGCCAAAGGGAAGAUGGUCAUCUCCUAUAGCCAAUGUGCUGCCCAGUUCCUUUUCUUCACUGUUUGUGCAGCUACUGAGUGUUUCCUGCUGGCAGUGAUGGCCUAUGACCGCUACGUAGCUAUUAGCAAGCCACUGCUCUACCCUGUGGCCAUGAACCCCAGAGUCUGCUGGAGUUUGGUGGUGGGAGCCUAUGUCUGUGGGAUGUCAGGGGCCAUCCUGCGUACCUCAUGCACCUUCACCCUCUCUUCAGGUGGCAGGGCCAAGACUUUCUCCACAUGUGCCUCUCACCUCACUGCUGUGGCCCUUUUCUUUGGGACCCUCAUAUUCAUGUACCUGCGGAGCAGCUCAGGCAAAUCCCCAGAGGAAGACAAGGUGGUGUCUGUCUUCUACACUGUGGUCAUCCCCAUGCUGAACCCUCUGAUCUACAGCCUGAGAAACAAGGAUGUGAAAGCGGCUUUCAAAAAGAUCACUGGUAGAUGCCAGGGGUCCCAGAGCAAGUAG